UGAAGCUAAAUGCAGAUUAUUUCAAUCAUCUGUGCACUAUAAAAAGGUUAGCUCAAUAUCGAAUUUUUUUCGAGAAAAUUCUUCCAUUUCGAAAGUACAAACAAAAUUUUAAACAAAAAUGCCUGGCGGAGGUUUACCUGGACCAUUAAAACAAAUCGGUAAAAAACACAUAGAAGUUGCGUCAGCGUUUAUGCCAUCAGCAUCAAUUUUUGGAGCAGCAGGAGGAGCCUUUAUGUUAUAUUUCACCGACUGGAAAGCUGUACUUCAAUACGUUCCAUUCUACGGUGGUAAAUUCAAGACAGACGAUGCAGACAAACCCGCAGAAUAAAUGUAUUUAAAAUAAAUCGUUAUUUCGUUUAAAGUAAAAUAUCGAAAAUUGUAGAUACCAAAAUAAUA